UAUCUCGAUAAUAUACUUAUCUUCUCUAAAACGAUAAAUAAACACCAGAAGUAUAUAAGAAUAGUACUAGACGUAUUAUACGUAUAUAAGCUAUUAGUUAAUGAGGAAAAGAGCAAAUUCCAUGUUAGGAAAAUAGUGUUUUUAGGAUACGAAAUAUCCCUAGAAUAA